AUGGGUUCCACCGAUUCAGCAACAUCAUCCCCGGGUCACGAUUCCUCUUAUUACAAUAAUGAGAAGAUAGAACAUAGCGCUCCCGUAAUAUCUCAAUAUGAAGAUCUUGAUAUCAAUGGGGAGUCAAGGAAAAGUUUGGAGAGGAGAUUAGUGAGGAAGGUGGACUGGAGACUGUGUACCAUUGCAGGUAUAUUAUGCAGUUUGAAUUUGAUGGAUUCGGGAAUCAUUAGUUCGGCCAGUGUCGCAGAUGAUUUCUUCACAGAUUUGGGAUUAGGGGUGGGAAAUAGAUAUUCUGUAUCGAUUUUGGUGUAUACGGUGGCAAGUGUGACAUUCCAGUUACCGGCUACGCUUUGUGUGAGGAUGUAUGGGCCACGCUUUGUGUUCUCGAUGAUUACAAUUGGAUUUGGUAUCGUUACCAUGUGCACGGCAUUCAUCAACACCUGGAAACAAAUGGUAGUCCUUCGUCUUCUUCUCGGGAUUGCCCAGUCUGCUAUCUUUCCUGGAUUGAGUUAUCUUAUUUCGACUUGGUAUACAAGGAAAGAACAGCAGCUUCGUUUUGCCUUUUUGCAGUCAGGCGAAGUUAUUGUUGUAGGAUUGGGCAUCUUCCUCAAUUAUGGUGUGAAUCAUUUGAAUGGCAAAGGAGGCUUGGCGGGCUGGAGAUGGAUGUUUUUGGUUCAGGGUUUGUUUGCUAUAGUUGUGGGGUUCGUAACUUAUUUCUGGAUGGUGGAUUUCCCAGAAAAUGCUCAUAAAAGCUUCCGAUUCUUAACCACCGAGGAACAAGAUUUGGCAACAACGAGAAUUUCGGACGAUAGGGGCGACGUGAAGGCCGAGGAAUUUUCGUUGUGGAACUGCCUGGUCCAUUUCCUAGAUCCAAAGAUCUAUGGGUUCUGCGCAUUACUGUUUUGCCUGAACUUGGUAUCAACAAGUUUGUCUUACUUCCUGCCCAUCAUUCUCAAAACAGGAAUGGGAUUUUCCGAGAAUAAUUCCAUUAUGUUGUCCGCACCGCCAUAUUUCUAUGCCGUGAUUCCUGUUAUCAUUUCGUCAAUAGCUGGAGAUUAUUGCCAGCUUCGAGGCUUGGUCAUAAUCUUUAAUUGCAUCUGCACCAUCGUAGGUUUCGGUAUGUUAGGAUUUGCCAGUCAGGAUACAGUUCGAUAUAUUGGGACCUACCUCGCCACGGGAGGAUAUGUGUCGAACUGGGCGGCUAUGAAUGCAUACCAAUCAUCCAAUAUCGUUGGACAAUGGAAAAGAGCGACUUUCGCUGCUGCAUCUACUGCUUGUAAUGGACUGGGGGGAAUUGCUGGCGCAUUCAUAUUCAGAUAUAACGAGGCGCCUCGAUACAUGACCGCAAUCUGGGUCAGUAUUGGCUCACAUGUCAUGAUUAUUGCCAUUGUCGGUUUGUUCUCGAUAUAUUUUUGGUAUGCAAAUGGCCGACAGAGGAAGGGAAUGGUCUUGCUUGAGAGAACUAUGGACUUCAGGUACAAAGUACUCGGGUAUAAUAUCGAAAUCGAUGAGGCUCUCGCAUGCGGGGGAAGUUUCUAG